GAACGAGAGCAAAAAGCAAGAAGGCGAUUGGAAGAGGUGGUGAGGCGAUUGAGCGAUCAAUAUAUUCUGUCGUCGACCCCGAAACCUUCGUUCGAGUCCCUUGAUUCUGAGCCGCCACAACAACCACAACAGGUGAAUAUACCACUGAAGUCGCCAACUUGA